UAUGCUGAACUGAAUUAACUACUUGCGGUUCACAUAAGUUUAUUGCCUUUGCCGGAGACUUCAAUAGGCGAUUUAGGAGCCUCAGAUCUCCUUUUUUAUUUGGGGGAUUUGUAUAGUCCAUCCGCGCCAGGAUGCUUGCUUUAAUUGUAGGACUUUUGUAUUUAGCCAGCGGGCGCACUGUGCGCAGCCAAGAUGCCACAGGUAGCCGCUUCGUGUGCAACGCCAUUCCUCCGGGCGCAGAGCCCGGCUGCGGGUCCGGGCCCGCGGGGAACCGCGUCCAGAGCAGCGGCCCCGUGGAGGACGAGCUGCGCAACACCAUCAUCCAGCUCCGGGAAACCAUCCUGCAGCAGAAGGAGACCAUCGUGAGCCAUCAGGGGACCAUUAAAGAGCUCAACUCCAAGCUGGCGCGCUGCGAGUCGGCGGCCGACGAGGUGUCGCAGGGCAAGUCCCGGGGUCAGGGCUCCAGACGGAAGGAGUACGGGAAGAACACCAUGGGGGACUUGCCCCGGGACCCCGGCGAGACCAUCAGCCAGCUGGGCAAGACCAUGCAGACCCUCAAGGGUCGGCUGGAGAACUUGGAGCAGCAGAGUUUGCGACUCCCCAGCACGAACAUUUCAGCUGGAGGAGUUGCGGCCCUUGCUCCCCUGCCACCAGAGCUUCGCGAGAUUCUGCGGCAACGUCUGGGGGCGCUGGAGACCCAGCUCCUCCGGAAGGUGGCCGAGCUGGAGGAGGAGAAGAGCCAGCUCUACAAUGAAACAGCGGCCCACCGCCAACGCACCGAGAGCGCUCUCAAUUCCCUCGUGGAGAGGAUUACAGAGCUUGAGAAAAGUAACAAUGCCUUUAAGUCACCCGAAGACUUCAAGGUGUCCCUCCCUCUUCGGACCAACUAUCUGUAUGGACGCAUCAAGAAGAGCCUCCCAGAGAUGUAUGCAUUCACUGUUUGUAUGUGGCUCAAGUCCAGCGCCAGUCCUGGCAUAGGAACCCCUUUCUCCUACGGUGUCCCAGGCCAGGCCAACGAGAUAGUCCUCAUCGAAUGGGGAAACAACCCCAUUGAACUACUAGUCAAUGAUAAGGUGGCCCAGCUUCCCCUCUCAGUGAGCGAUGGGCGAUGGCACCACAUCUGCAUCACCUGGACGACUAGAGACGGCUUCUGGGAGGCUUACCAGGAUGGCGAGCGUCUGGGCACAGGGGACAACCUGGCCCCCUGGCACCCAAUUAAACCUGGCGGGGUAAUCAUCCUGGGCCAGGAGCAGGACGUCGUCGGAGGCCGUUUUGAUGCCACACAAGCCUUUGUGGGCGAGCUCAGCCAGUUCAACAUGUGGGACAGAGUGCUGCGGCCUGUGGACAUCAUGGGUCUGGCCAACUGCUCGGCAUACAUGCCCGGAAAUGUGGUUCCUUGGAUUGAUGCCAACGUGGAAGUGUUUGGUGGUGCAAGCAAGGCUGCUCUGGAAAUCUGUGAAGACCGUGCUUUUGAUUCGUAAAAGUAUGGAUAUAUGGGAUGCAGUAUGGCCGCAGGGAUGCAGAAGUUUGAGACUGUUUGAUGCUUCUGUCAAAUCCCAAAGGCACGAGUAGCAGUGCACUAUCUUUGCAUAUUUAUGUGUUCUGACUGCGUAGUCUCGAAGACUGUGUUUAUUGGAUUUUGAAGUUCACGUUUCCAUUCAGUUUGAACCCCGAAGACUUUCCAGAAGACUUCCGAUAAGCUCGCUCGUCUGAGGAAGAUACUGUAUGCUCUCGAAUCCGUCUGCUGCAUUGAUACGACAUGCUGUCAACCUGUGUUUCUUUUAUUCAGCAGUUCAGCUGUCAUUUGACCCUUUGAAAACAGCUAUCCUUGGUUGCAUUUUCUAAUAAUGACAUUGCUGCUCUGUAGUCCUUCUUACUGUGAGCUCAAACAGGCUUUGAUGUGCUGUAGAAGACUGUGGUCGAGCACUACAUGCUGGGUGUGUCUUUGCAAGACACCAAAGGCAGCCUGCGGUGACAAAGAGGUGGAUGAGAGGUGUGGACAACAUCGGUCCCGACUGUCAAUCACUUUGAGGCAUCUAAAACGUGGCAGGCUGUCUAAAUAUUGUGCAUGAGCUUGAGCACCGAACUCAGAUCGGUUCACAAGUGGCAGAGCAUGCUUUCUGUCAAUAUGCAGAGUUAAGUGUGUUGCGUCAAAGCAAGCCAAUGCCGCGUGCUGACAACAUUACGUAAGACCGUGUGUGUACGUUCCCGUGGGUAUUGCUUGUCUUGCGUGCAAAAAGACCAGAGAUUAUGAGGGAGGGAGGACAUUUUCAUUCUUGUAAAUCUAUGCUUAAUACCUCACUGCCCCUUGAGCAGCUGCCAUGUCCCAAACAGCUUUACGGACUGGCUGCUUCCGCUCAGGUUAAUAGCAAUGUCGGACAUCUGCCCAGCGCUGGCGAAUCAGCAGAGCCGGUGACGUCAGCUGGACGCUCAGCGAGCGCAGGGGCUGGGUCUCACCCUCAAGGACAAUCCCUAGUCUCUCUCGUGGGUAAUUAUUAACCGUGUUUAUGAACGAGGGCGGCAAUAAGCAGCACUGAACUGCAGAUAUUUCUCUAAAUUAAGUGUGUCAUCACUCAUAAAAUAUUGAGAUGUCGAGGCACAGUCAGAUGAGACAUUAUGAAUGUUGCUAUCAGACAGACUUUGGUCUUAAUUGCCUCGUAUUGGACAAGAGAAAAGGUUUUGAUUCAUGGAUGUGACAUAUUUUUUUAAAUGUAGGGAAAUGGUGCAUUUUGGCACCAAUGGCGGGAUAAAACCGAAGACAUCACCGCUUAAAUGGAGUCUGUUAUUAAUGCUGGGGUAGAUAUCUGUGUCUGUGUUUUUCUUUUUUAGUUUCUCUCACGAGGAAACAAAUGUAAGGGAGGUGACAAAGAGAUAAACUUUGAUAUCAUCUCCAGAUUUAGUUUUUUUUCACCUUUGUGGACUUUCUGAGUAAACAUUAGUUUCUGUUCAACCUUGAAAAUAAAAAUAACAGAAGUCAUGAUGCAGUAGGUUACUGGACAGCGCAGAAUGUCAGAAAAAUACAUGCAUUAUGUGAUGUGUACCCACAGCGAUAUAAGGAUUUGUUAACAUUUUGUGAUUGUUCCUCUCUUGAGCGUCUCUGUUAACAAUAUUUUCAUGUGAAAUUCAGAGAUUUCCUUCUUGUAGAAAGUGUAUUUUUCUUGCUUUUUCUGCUCAUGAUUUUUGUCCAUUAGCAGCACAUUAUUUAAAAAAAAAAAAAACUUACUAAAAUGAUUUGUUUCAAUGGUAAAUGGCCUUGUGUGAGAACCAUAUGUGCUUUUGCUUGUGGACUUUUUGUCAGCUUUUUGUAGCACAGCUCCCUGUAAGCACUGAUAACAAGGGAUGCGAGAGAAGUCAAAAUGUGUUUAAACUGCUCCAUCAUGCGCUCUGACAGCUUAAGCUUCCCACUUUUCUGCCUCAGAAAACAGAAAAAAAGACAAUGAAUGCCCUUUUACGCUGAAUGAAAGAGGCGACAAGAUCCAGAGAUGUGACGUCACAGCAACGUCAUGAUACGGUGAAUAACUGAACAGCUGUUUGAACAGUUGAAGCAUGUUUUAUUAAAUGAUCGUUGCACUGCAUUCAUGAUGAAGUCAGAGUGAAUUGUAACCUUUGCCAAGGUCACAGAGCAUUUUUCAUGAAUUUUAUUUUUAUUUAGUUUUUAUUUCCAGCUGGCGGGCAUGUCAGUUCUAGUAGGACUAUCUAUAAUAAACGUGGCUAUAUACGUUCUGUAAUCUGGACAAUGGAACGUUGUCAACAGUGAAAAAAAAAAAAAAAAAAAAUCCUCUGGACUGGCUGACUUCCAGGUGGAAAUGAAAAAAUCUGCCCGCGCGGAUUAUGGAGAGCAGCUUCAAUGUAGGACAGUGUGAGUCUUCUUCGCUCUCCUUUAUUCUGUGUUGAUGCUUUUGCCAGUGUGACGGUGCUGAUGCAGUACGGGGUCCCCAUUUUGUAACAGAACAACAAACCGAGGCCAUCCAUAAACAGUUUGAAACAUGUAAUUUGUGGUUUAUUAUAUCUGUAAUUUCAAUCUUUCUUUUUCAGAAGGCAGAAUAGGGGAGCAUUUUUUCUGUGUCUCUAAUAUUAAUUUUCAUGGCAUCGCUGCUGCAACACUGCACACUCGGAUGUUCUUAAAUGUUAAAUACAGAUUAAUUAUGAAUUCUAACUUGCUUUAAAUAAAAGAUAAACACUCUAGUUUGUGUAAAACUAGCAUUGCAGAUUGUUUUGUUUUUUGUUUCCUAGACGUCCAUAUGAAACACAAGUACAGCCGUUGGCAACAGAAUCAUCGUCAGCGUGUUUGUCCUAAACAAAUCCUUUCCCCUCUAAAUGUUGAGAAGGAAAUUAUCAUCAAAAUAAUACCUUUCAUGUAGUUCUUAAUGGUAACAUUCAGCGGGUUUACACAUAAAUAUCUUUACCAUGGUGACUACUGUUGCACAUGUGACAGCACAUCAAAUAAAGUGUUAGUGAAUGAGUCCUUUGCACAGUAGAAACAAGGCUUGGACAAGGGGAGGAUACUGUCCAGAAUAAAUGUGCAUCACAUUGGAUUUUUUUUCCCCAUUAUUUUUCAUGCUUUAGCUUUCAGUAUGUAGGAUUGAGAGGAUUUUUUGCAGGCAAUCCAACUUAAUGUUAAUGACAUUGUACAUACUGUAUGCUUGUACAAGUUAAGAAUCACAUGAAAAUAGUAAUUGAAAAAAGAAACUUGAUUUCAAGCCUUAAAUUGCCCCUCAGCUAAUUUUGGAAUAUGUUUCAGGUCUAAAAAACAGGAAAAUAUGAGCACAUGAAAGAAGUUGACAAG